UCGAACAUGAAAACAGGUGAAGAAUGUCUGCUGGAAAUAGAGAGACACAGAAAGAAACAGCAUGUCCAGGAGCAGCAGCUCCUUAUUUCUCCAACCCUUUGAUGAGUGAUGUCGAAGCCGACUGGUCUCCGAUUCACGACGCAGCCUUCAAUGGAAACGUUCUUUGUCUCAAACGACUCAUCGCUCAGGGAAUGUGUGUAAAUCUAAACACACUGGACCAAGUCUCUCCCCUUCAUGCAGCGUGCCAGCAAGGCCACACAAACUGUGCCAAGCUUCUGGUGGAAAACGGAGCAAAUGUUAACCACACAACUGUGGACGGACACACUGCAUUAACAGAAGCUUCUGCCAGGGGCCAUGUGACCUGCGUCUCUCUGCUUCUCAAGCGUGGAGCGACCCCCCCGGGGGAAUCCGGCCCGUCCAGUCCUCCAAUCCACUCAGCUGCAGCCAGGGGCGGAACUACUGGGGUGGCAGAUGCCACCCCAAAUGAGAGUCUUCCACCUUCGUUGCCAAACCAGCUGGCACUAUGAAUUUAAUAAAUAGUUAUGGUGUUCUGAC